AUCAACAGAUAUAUCUCUGUCUCUAAAGCAACAACAUCGCUCUACUUAGUGCUGAAGCAGCGGAACGUACUCAGAAGGAAUCAUCGAGAAGCAAAAAGCACCUGUUCAACGGAAGAACAAGAUGCUGGAGAAAGGAGGCUGUGAGGGCGGACUGCAACUUCCUGUUGUGGCUUUUGUCACCAAUUUGUUCGUCUGCAACUUUGAUGCAGUAUCGACGUGUGGGUGCUUCUUGCUAAAUAUCAUCCAGAUACAUGACACCUCACAGCUCGUCUGUGCAGAGCUGACAGUCCUGAAAAAGAGAAAGAGAAGAAGAGCUCAUCUCGCUCAGGUUUAACCAUGUCCAUCGACCCGGCGGCCGAUCUGCCUUUCUACUACGGCAGCAUCAGUCGCUCAGAGGCCGAGCAGCACCUGAAGCUGGCCGGGAUGGCCGAUGGGAUCUUCUUGCUGCGACAGUGUCUCCGCAGUCUGGGAGGCUACGUCCUGUCUGUCGUGUGGAACCUGGAGUUUCACCAUUACCCCGUGGAUAAGCAGCUCAACGGGACUUACUGCUUUACAGGAGGGAAGCCUCACUGUGGGCCCGCAGAGCUCUGCGAGUUUUACAGCAAAGAUGCCGACGGGCUGGUGUGCGCCCUGAAGAAACCCUGUCUGCGCUCCCCGGAUACAAUGAUAUGUCCCGGUGUGUUCGACAGUCUGAGAGAAAACAUGCUGAGGGAGUACGUGAAGCAGAACUGGAACCUGGAGGGAGAAGCCAUGGAGCAGGCCAUCAUCAGUCAAGCUCCUCAGCUGGAGAAACUGAUGGCCACCACGGCCCACGAGAAGAUGCCCUGGUAUCACGGUAAAGUCACCCGGCAGGAAAGUGAAAGGCGGCUUUACUCUGGAGUACAACCGGACGGCAAGUUUCUAGUGAGAGACAGAGAUGAGUUUGGUAGUUUUGCUCUCUCCGUGGUGUACGGGAAAACAGUGUACCAUUACCAGAUCCUCCAAGACAAAUCAGGGAAAUACUCCAUGCCAGAGGGAACAAAGUUUGACACAGUCCGGCAGCUGGUUCAGUACCUGAAGAUGAAAGCUGAUGGCCUGGUGACUGUUCUUGGGGAGGCGUGUGUUAACGGAAAAAAUGCUGAAAAGACACCCAGCCUUCCUGCAACAAGGCGGACAAAUGGAUACACACCGCCACCUCAAGCUGUUGCAGCGGCCUCAAUAUCGGUCACCACUGUGCCUGAAAACCGCGAGCUUCUGCCAAUGGACUGCAGUGGAUUCAACCCGUACCACAACCCGAAUGAAGUGAGGAGGUUUAACAUCCAGAGGAGUAACCUGCUGAUCGAUGAAGUGGAGCUCGGCUCUGGGAACUUUGGCUGCGUCAAGAAAGGAGUCCUGAAGACUGAGUCGGGCCAGAUUGAUGUGGCCAUCAAAGUCCUGAAGAACGAGAACGAGAAGCUGGUGAGGGAGGAGAUGAUGAGGGAGGCAGAGAUCAUGCACCAGCUGUGCAACCCCUUCAUCGUCCGUAUGCUGGGUCUGUGCAACGCUGAGAAUCUGAUGCUGGUCAUGGAGAUGGCCUCUGCCGGACCUCUCAACAAGUUCCUCUACUCCAAUAAGGAUACUGUAACUGUGGAGCACAUUGUCGACCUGAUGCACCAAGUGUCAAUGGGCAUGAAGUAUCUGGAGGAGAAGAACUUUGUGCACAGAGACUUAGCAGCUCGUAACGUCCUGCUGGUCAAGCAACAGUUUGCCAAAAUCAGUGACUUUGGGCUCUCCAAGGCCCUCGGAGCAGAUGACAACUAUUACAAGGCUCGUACUGCAGGUAAAUGGCCUCUGAAGUGGUACGCUCCAGAAUGUAUAAAUUUCCACAAAUUCUCCAGUAAAAGUGACGUGUGGAGUUUUGGUGUCACCAUGUGGGAGGCCUUUACCUACGGAGGGAAACCUUACAAGAAAAUGAAAGGACCGGAUGUGAUGCGCUUCAUUGAGAGUGGCAGCCGCAUGGAGUGUCCAACAGCAUGUCCAGAGCGAAUGUAUACGGUGAUGAAAGAGUGCUGGACAUACAAGCACGAGGAGCGUCCUGACUUCAAGAAGGUUGAGGAGUCCAUGAGGUCUUACCAUUACUCCAUAUCCAACAAGGCCAAGCCCGAGGGAGCUGCAGCCACCAGCGAGCCUAUCAAGUAGACAGAAACAAAGCACAUUCUGUCCCAGUGCUUCACAAAGCAUCCUUUCAACUGCCCAUUAAACAACCAAAACAAAGAGCUUUUUAUGAACGGCACACACUGACAAGCUUUGACUACAGUUCUCAUACAGCUAAACAGGCCUCACUGACAAUAAAUGUGCAUUUGUAAAUUGGACUUAAGUGCGUGUGCGAUGUAAGGAGGUUCUCAAUUUGUCUGUCUGUCUGUGGUGGUUUAAAUGUUGAGAGUCAACCUCCCUAUAAUGGGAGUAUGUGGUACAUGUAAAUGUUUUUUUUCACUUCACUUCAUCGUUUUUAUGCCAAACCAAUAUAAGUAGCAAUAAACUGAUACCUGUACACUUUAACUGUGUUCUUUUAACAUUCCUUGUGAAGUCAGUGAUCAAAGGUAAGAUUUUGGUUUACUUCAGCACAAAGUUGACCCGAGUUCAUAAUCAGGUAAUGCAUGCAUAAUUAUUGUAGUUAUUUUUAUUUUAGACACCUCGGAGUAAAAACAACAAACCAUAUAUAAUAAUGUAACGAUAUAAUCAUUACUCUUAUUGUUUACAGAGGGAUGACCCAAACAUUUUAAAAGGCCUCAAGAUGAAUAGAUAAAACCAAAUCUGUAACUGUAUUAAUCAUGUAAAAGAAUAUGGGAAAUAACCUCCUAGAAACACGCCUUGUGUACAUGUGCAGAACACUACAUCUAGACAAUCAGCAUUGGAAAAGCACAGGGCAGAUUUGAUGUACUUACUUAAAAUAUUCUCCCAAAAUAAAAGGCACAAGUAGAAAAGUUUACUAAAUUUUAAGAAUAAAUAAAUCCAUUUUGGAUGUUUUGUGUAGGACUAAGUAGGUAUAUAAUCAGUAUAAA